UGUUUGUGUUGUUUGAUAUCAAGUUCAUUGUUUGGCCAACUCGAUUCCGAAUUUAAGGUUUAUGUUGUUUUGAACGGGAUAAAUAUCCGGUAAAAAUUGAAAAAAAAAUCACGAUGGCUGCCAACCGAAUUAGUAAAUCAUCGAUUGAUUGGGCCAAAUUUGCUUCGGCUGUACCGAAAAAUGAAAUGAAAAAUUUCAAUGCAUUCAAAGCUCGUUCCGAUGCUUAUUUGGUCAGAGCAAUGGCCUAUCCUGAAAAUCCACCAGAAAUCAAUUUCAAUGAAUACAAGGCACGUUUAUCGAACAAAGAUUUGGUACAAAAACUUGAACAAGCAUAUAAAUCAUUGAAGAUUCCUUAUCCAAAAAAUACGGUCGCUGCUGAAAUUGAUCAACAAGAAUUGGAAUAUAAAAAAACAUGUGAUGCAUAUGUAUCGAUUGCUAAUUCAAAAAUUGCUGAAGCUGAAAAAUUGCGUAAAAAAUUCGAAAUGAUGCUUCCGGUACGUGACAUGAACAAUGAAGAUUUUACAUUGACCUUUCCGGAUUGGGUAUGUACAUUGGAAAGUCCAUCCAUUUAUCCACAUUUCGAGAAAACACCCGGCCUUUCUAAAGAAGAACGUGAACGUUUGGCUGCACCGGAUGGUAAACCAUAUUCGACUGUAUAAAA